AAACUUGUUAUAACAGAACGGUAGAAUGUCAGAGACAAAUCCGCUUCUUAACAAGCGAUCACCCCGUGAAGAGGACAUUUAUGAGUACGAAGAAUAUGACGAAGAGCUCUCUUUGAGCCCCGGAGUCAAAUAUACCUUAUACGGAUUAGCAGGUUUUUUGUGUGUGGGUAUUCUCUAUGUAUUUACAGUGUUCCUUCCCGCAUAUUUUAUCCCGGAAGCUGUGGAACUUGAUGAUAUCGUGAAGAUCAGUGAUUUAGGUGUGGAACUAAAGCCGCUUGUAUCUACGGUUAUGUUUAAUGAUGUUGUUGACAGCGAUGACUUUGUGGAUGAACUUGACAGUGAUGACUUUGAUGAUGAACUUGACAUGCUUGAGGCUGACCAUAUAACACAUUAUGAGGAUGAAAACGCUGUGGGUGGAUCCAAGAACACGGUUGAAAGGCUCAUAAUGAUCGGGGAUAUCCAUGGACACUAUAUUGAAUUAAGACACUUGUUGAGAAAAGUCAAGUAUAAUAAGAAGAAGGACUAUUUGUUGGUGUUGGGCGACUUUGUUUCUAAGGGACCCGAUUCGCAGAAGGUAAUUGAGUUUUUGGACAAGAACAAUAUCGACUGUAUUUUGGGAAACCAUGAAUUCUACAUAUUGCAAAACUAUGUCAAGUUCCACGGAUUGAAAUUCCCUGAUUUCAUCGUGGGAAACUCCACGGAGUCUAUUCCUCUCGAUAUACACGUGUCUGAUGCCUUCAACGAUGAUCCUGAGUUCUUACUUGCAAAGAAAUUGCAGCCUGAACAUAUUCGGUAUAUCAACAAGUGCUCUUUGAUAAAGAAACUUGGACAAGUACCGGUAUACUCCAAAAAGAAGUCGUCCGGGAUCUUCAAGCAUAUCACCACCACCAAGAGCAGCCCCGGUAUUGCUGUACACGGAGGUUUACGAUGGGAUUUGUCUUUGGAAGACCAAAAUCCUAUCGAGGCGUUGGAGAUGAGGUCUCUUGUGGGUCCAUACUUCAAUCGGUCAACGGAUGAUCCUCAUGAGCAGUUUUCUGUAAGCUGGUCGAAGGUGUGGAACAAGAAGCAGAAACGUUCGAGCACCUCGUCGGUGGUUUACUAUGGACACGAUGCUAGAAGAGGAUUAAAUUUAAAACCAUAUUCCCGUGGACUUGACACUGGGUGUGAUCGAGGCGAGCAACUUCUGGCCUUGGUGAUAUGGAAUGAGGCCGAUGCCACUGGUGGCAUCGACCAGAUUGUCUACAAGGAAAAGGUAGUCCAAGUAAUGUGUUAGUAUAUAAACAAAUGAACUUUUUGCAUCCAG